AUGGCGACCCCAAACUUGAAACCUCUGGACCCGUCGAAGCCACUGCCUCCGAUUAAUAUCAGUCGAAAACGUCAACUUACUGGCGUGAUUUGUGAAUCACCUAAUUGUACUAGCAAGACACCUCACUCCACGACUUACUACAAACCCAAGAACCAGCCUAACAGACCAUUGAUUGGCAUUAGUGUAAGAUAUGACAACAUCACGUGUGGCGGACCCAACCAAUGUCCUUUUGGAGGCUACUGUCGAACAUAUAUUCGCGCCAUUUAUCACGAAGCCCUCAUCAAACACAACCAACAAUUCAUUCGGCAACAGAAACGGAAGCGCGAUCAAACAGAUCAGGACUACGUGUUUGCAAUGGAAUUGCAAAAUCUGCUGAACCAACAGGCCGACGCCGACGACGCUUUCCCUCACUUCAACUCGCAAUACCCUCCAUCAGCCAAUGAUGCACCACGCGAGCAACCGCGCUCGCCCGUCACUCCAACGCCUUACCCAAACGCUGCUCGAAUCACGGGACAACCUCAAGUCAGUCGAAACCAGGCCGGCACAAGUUUAAUUACCGGAGGACAGUGCGGUGGGGUCGAUGGAAGCACCGCUAGCGGUCACUUGAAUCGGAGAAACAACGCAUGUAACGCCAAGGCAUGCUUCGACUGCUGUGUGAAGCUGAAUCCGAAUACUCACCUGUGUGUACCACACUCCGCCCAGGCCAAAGCCAAGAACAAGGCCAAACCACCCAAACCGGCAGCAGUAAAAUCCACAGUCACAACUACCAUAGAUUUAACUUUGACCCCGACACCACCUCAACCUCCUGCGUCGAACAAUGUUCACUUCGCCAUACCAGCCACCCAGGGGGGUGGUAAUACGUACAGGCGUCAAUGCGACCAGGCCUACGCUUUUCGUACCCUUGCCAUCAAGCACCAAGCGGACGAGCGUAGACAGAACGAAGAAAUAGAAAAGGCCAACAACACCGUUACCAUUGUGGUGUGGGGCGCAUCCAAUAACCACGGGGGAACAUCCAUCGAGAGCGAAAUUUGGCGAGAAUAUAUACCCAGCUGGCCCCGAUUUCAACUCGACCAAUCACAGGACCUAACGGAAAUGGUACAGCGAGAGUUAGGCGUAAUAUCCAAUCAGCGAUUGAAAGUGUGGAGUGAUGCGGAACAACAUUGGAUUGGCCUACGGUUAUCAAUUCUGGAGACCUACCCAGAGGAUUGCCGACGAAUCCUUAUCAUGUUUCCCUCUCUCCAAGAGAGCCAAUGCAAGGGUCUCGAUCAACAACUCGCACUUGUGAACAUUGCGUUGCACAAACCGGAUAUCCGUCUAGACACCUUAGGGCAUUCCGAUCCGGGCUGCCCUCCGAUCAUUGAGUUAUUGACCGAAAGUACUGCACCAGAAGCAACUACACCUCCAACAUCGCCUAUACGCAACCGAUCAUAUUCAUCAAGCGCCACACCCGAAUUACCAACCGAAGGACCCCCUUCACCUCCACCUCUAGCAGAUCGCGCCGACAAUACUCCCAAUGUCAACCCAUCAGAACAUGCUGAAACAAUAGGCACAAAGACCCCAAAGUGGCCCACCAACGUCAGCAUGCAGCGGAUGCUCAAAUUUCUUGAACUCACUACCGGAGACUAUAAGAUCAGCAUUCCCUCCGCCUGGAAUCAAUUGUUUGGCGGCGAAGGAAUGACUUAUGUACCGUCAACUGCUUCCCUUUAUCGCCGGUGGAUGGACAACUGCAAGAGACACGAACUUGUCGCGUUUGUUUCAGCACACCCCAAAAGCGUUGUACAAGAUGGGUUGAACCAAUUCGAUCAUGUUUGGAAGCAAAUUAGGAAAGAAGUCGCUGCCAAGAAAGCUGAGGCUGCUAAAGCAGCGGAAUCAGGUGAUAAAGCAGGUGAAUCUGGACCUGGUAAAGCAAGCGCAGUUAAACACAAAUCUAAGAGACCUAAAUUGGUUACAUGA